GGGUCAAUAAAAACCAAGAUAUGGUCUCGCUGAACUCUACAUCUUUUAAGUUUUGCAUGUUUUUUGCUUUAAGAAAAGAUGUUUCUUGCACUCAACAAAGAUCUUUUAUAAUGUCAUAGGUUUAGAGUUUCCAGCAAGCUCAAGACUGUCUUCUACCCAUGGAUGUUACUUCUGAAAAUGUUGCUCAUCGUUAUGGUGUAACACGCCAGGAGCAAGAUCAGGCUGCUGUCCUCUCCCAUAAGAAGGCAGCUACUGCGACUGCUUCUGGUAAAUUCAAAGAUGAAAUCAUCCCUGUGGCCACAAAGGUGAAAUUCAAGAUGGACUACUUUGCAUCUCUCAAGUCUGUCGGAUGGGAUUACUGUUCCAGAUCUUCACACUAUCAGAAUGCAAACCUGCUUGGAUUCGAGGGAAUGGGCAUGGAAACGCUGACAAAGAUAAACUCUGUUGUCAUUGUGGAUCCAUUUGCAGCAGUGAAAGUUUCUUUAUAUCAGAUUGUGGCUUUUGCUUCCGGGAUUCUAUAUUAUGGAUUUUUUUCAUCCCAGGUGGUUCCUGAGAAGACCAACACAUGGCACGUCAUCAGAAGGUGCAAGGAAACAAAGAUGCCUUUAUUAGUCAAGCUGAAGCUGAAGUCUCAAGACUCUCUGAAGGUCUUGGAGGCUGGUGUUGUAGUUACUGUUGCUGCUGUGGAUGUUACUGCUGCUGUUGCUGCGGAUGGGGACACUUGUGUCAACGGUGUCCUGUCCUACCACAUCCAAAGCAAGCACUUAGGAAUGGUCCCAGAGGUGGUGCUAGGGGUGCCACUGGUGCUCAGAAUGCUGGGUGGGUCGUGCGUCGCUACUGUGGAUGAUGUUGCUGCUGAUGGGAGCUAUGGGAGGGCGUCUUCCUCUUCUAAUCUCCUCUGCGUUUUGCCAUUAGUUGCCGUUGGAAGUCUUUCUGCUGGAGAAGCUGAAGCAAGAACGAAUGUGUCUGCUGGUGAGAAGGUAUAG